AGACAGUCAUGAAACACACAGUGAUGCCAGUGCAGGAUGCUCAUCUGAACCCAUACAUUUACAGACAUCUGAACCCGUGCAAGUGCAGAUGUCAAAGGCAAACGAAGAAUCCUACCAUGUUGUGGAUAGUUGUAGUGGUACAAGUACAGAAAACUCUAAACCUGAGGGACCAAAACAACAAACAUGUACACCACCCACAGAUGUCAAUGAAACAAAAGCAUGGAGUCCUGAGGAAUGUAGGAAUGCAUUGACCACCCUGUUCGACUCAUCGAAGAAAGUGCACAAUGUUCAUGUGUGUGGCAAGACGGACUGCACUUCCAUCAGUCAUCAAGAAGAACAACGUUUAACCCCCAAGAAAUUUCAACAUAAUUGGAUGACAGCAAAAGGAUGGUGGUUGUGUUACAUAGAGGGAGAGGGUAUGUACUGUUUGCCGUGUAGGAAAUAUGGUAUGAAACAUCCCCAGAAUCAGAAAGAGGUAUUUGCUGCAACACCUAGUGUGCGGAUGAAAAUAAAUGCCAUGAAUGUUCACUCAACCUGUAAUCUGCAUACAGCUGCUCUGGAUAGUGCUGUUAUGCAGAAGAGCUCUAUCUUUGAAAAGGAAAUAAUCAAAAAGCAUGAAUCUGAGAAUAUAGUUCUGGAGCAAGUUUUUGCCACAGCAUACUUUCAAAUGAAGUCGUUUAUUGCAAAUCAGCAUUUUAUUUCAUUGUUGACACACAUACAAACGACAUUUGGUGUUGAGAACUUAAAGUACUUCGACUACAAUUCUAAAGGUUCGCACCAAGAAAUAUUUCAAACUUUAGGACAGGCCUUGAAAAACGAUGUAAUUAAUAAGGUGAAAUCUGCUGGUGCUUAUGGUGUGCUUACUGAUGAGGUGUCAGAUAUAUCCGUACCUGAAAAUUUAGUCACCUUUAUCCAGUUUUUUUCCAGAGAAUCAGGCAGCAUUGCGACACAGUUCUUGGCGUGUAACAACUUACUGGCCAACUUUGACUCUCCUAAUGCGGAGGCAAUCACCUCUGUGAUUGUAAAUUAA